GAAGGUCUAAUCACCGGCCAUCGUCCCCCGCCAACGGACAAUAGCCCAUCCGCUUAUCUUAGGAUGCGCUGCCCUCUCUGCUUUGGUGGCCCAGGUCAGCAGACAGAGGGUGAACCUGAUUUUAUUGUUUGCUUGGACGCCUGCUUCACUCAGAAACGUGCGCAUAACCCACGUCAAGGCUCUCUGCACGACCCCAUCAAUCCCACGACGUCUGUCUUCCUGUCGGAGGAGGAACUGACCCGGAUGGAGACGCAUGUCGAAACACUUCGCCCGUCCCGACAAUCAAAAGCAGCGCCAGGAAAUACACAGCCAGUCGACAAGUGUGAAGAGGGUAUGCGCGUGCCUGCAUCAGUUUUAGACGGGUGCAACGACACGUUCACCGCUGCCGACGAAAAACGGACAAAGCCGAGCACUCGAUUCUUUGCGGACACAGGAUUGAUGGCAUUGCUUUGCAGGCACGACCGUGUUCUCUGGCUGUGCAACAUGACUUCCUCCGGUGAAAAGCAGCACUAUGCGCUUGCUCUCAUUGCGAAGUUGUUAGAGCACCUCCCUUCCCGCAGCACGCUCGGCGUUCUAUAUGAUGUUGCGUGUCAACUCGAGCGAAGCUGUCGAAAAUUCAAUCUGUUGUCGGAGGACGUACUAUCGCGGAUAUCAUUCGCUGUCUCCGUGUUUCAUGCUUAUGGUCACCAAUGGCCGUGCCAGCUCGUUUAUCACCCUCGAAAACGGCAAGGAUUUGGUCUUUCAGACGGAGAGGGAUGCGAGAGACUGUGGAGUGCCCUCAAGUUCCUAAUAUCAGUACUUCGAGUUUCGGGUUUUCAUCAACGGCUCUUCGUACUAGAUAAUCAAGUCAGGCAUCUGGACGCGAGACUCCUCUUCAAGUACGGAGAGUGGCUUCAUACUAAGUGGAGCACUUGUCGACAGCGGAUGUCGAAGGCACGUGGGGCUGUUGUUGUGUCCCGGAAAACUACGGCAGACCUUCAUGCUGCGUGGUUAGAACAGGUCCAAUAUCAGACUCGCCCACUUCCUCGCACCUUUCAAUCACAAUCAGACGCGGAGCUAACAAGGUUACUCGCUCUUGAGAACACUGUUAAACAGCAUAGAGAGGACGUUCGGGCUCUGGAACGGUGGCUUGUUUCAGAUAGCCCUGGAGAUUCCGUCGACAUCGCCACCCAGCUGACGAUAGCUCGGGACACCCUCUCCCGAUCGUCUGAGACUCUACGUCGUCGCAUCGCAUCAUUGGGAACCCCCGCCCGCAUUGAGUUCUCAAGGCUCAAGGGCGACAUUUAUCUGCAGGCGCGGAUGGAAGCUCUCGCCGUCAAGACGCGCAUCCGCGAUCGAUUGCGCCAGCGGAAAUUUGAGAUGUCGCGUGUAGUCGAACGCCCUUACCGAGAAUCUAGCAAGGAAAAUAAUCUAUCAUCAAACAUCGAGACGUCGAUGAAAAAGCGCGAACCCGCCAUCAAACGCCUUGUCGUUCGAUACAACUCUUUGUGCUGCGACUUGGAACGAAUGAUUGCGGAGCGGAAGGCACCGAGCGGUAGCAUAGCCCCAGCUCGACUCAUUCCCGAUUCUAUAUGGCAGUUAGACGUCGACGAUGAUAUCUGGCAGGACGUCGGUCUGGCGGAGGCGUCUGGAGCACCGCCUGAUUGGCUGUCAAAUGAUGCCGUACGAAGUGGCAUACGGUCGGCGCUGGAGAUUGCGCGAUGUGAGGAGGAGGAACGAAGGUUAAUUCUCGAGAGAAGGAGGAUUCAAGAGUGGUUUUCAGAGGAGUGGAAAGCAGUAAACGAGGCAUGUAACAAUCACAGUGAGUCAUUGCUUCGAGUCCUGCUAUUCUUACUUUUACGCCGGAGGGACGAGCUAACGAUGCUGUACGCCGAGUGGGAGCCAAAGGUUCGCACCAUUACCUGCACGAUAUCUAAACCUUGGGGCCCGACUUCGGACGACAUU